UUUAAGGUAAGAGAAGCAGCGACCGGUUGUGCAAGGAUACGGGGCGAUACGUUGGGUAUUGUUGGUCUUGGUAGAAUCGGUUCCGCAGUUGCGCUGCGUGCCAAAGCUUUUGGCUUCACUGUCAUCUUCUACGAUCCUUAUUUGCCGGAUGGUAUUGAGAAGUCAUUAGGUCUCACCAGGGUUUACACAUUACAGGAUUUGCUAUUCCAAUCAGAUUGUGUAUCUCUGCAUUGUACCUUGAACGAACACAAUCAUCAUCUAAUAAACGAAUAUACUAUUAAACAGAUGAGACCAGGAGCAUUUUUAGUCAAUACAGCGCGAGGUGGUUUAGUGGAUGACGACGCACUAGCCGCGGCGCUCAAACAGGGUAGAAUCCGCGCGGCAGCGUUAGACGUCCAUGAAAAUGAGCCAUACAACGUCUUUCAGGGUCAGUCUGCGAAUCAGUGUCCAUUGAAAGAUGCACCCAAUCUUUUGUGCACUCCACACGCCGCUUUCUACAGUGAUGCGAGCUGCACCGAGCUGCGCGAGAUGGCGGCAAGCGAGAUACGACGGGCGAUCGUCGGACGCAUACCCGACUGCCUGCGCAACUGCGUGAACAAGGAAUACUUCCUUUCCUCGACUGGCAGUUACCCUGAGGGCAUCAACGGCGGAUACUAUGCUGGGGCGCUGCCGGUACAACAGACGGCGCAUUCGACGACUCCUCACGAUACUGCGCCCCCACCCCCGGUUCCCGGUGCCGGCGGUGGGCACUCCGUCGUCGGCGGCGGUGGCGGUGGUAUUCGACAGCACCUGGGCAAUAAAGGCGCGGCACUGCUAUCGUCGAUCAUCAUCAUCGCGGAUUGUACUGGCGUAGGAUUGUGUCACGUCAGAGAACUGCCGUGGACUCUCAUAUGCCUAUUGAGAUUACCGCUCUGA